CCGGCGUGAGUCGCUGCGGCCCUGGGAUACCGGCCUUGCGGGCAGUAACGGCCUAGUGAGCAUCACUUUAGGCUCUCCUUUCUCCGUGUAUUUUGGCCAUUUAUGAAGUGGUAAAAAAAAUUCAUUAUUUUAGCUAAGCUUCAAAAAAUAAACCAAAUAUAUUUGUUUAAUUCUUGUGAGAGAUUGGUUGGUCAAAACUCUACAGGCCAUAAUGACUUCGACAAAUAAAGCAAUUGAAUUACAACUACAAGUGAAACAAAAUGCAGAAGAAUUACAAGACUUUAUGAGAGAUUUAGAAAACUGGGAAAAGGAUAUUAAACAGAAGGAUAUGGAACUAAGAAGACAGAAUGGUGUUCCUGAAGAGAAUUUACCUCCUAUUCGAAAUGGGAAUUUUAGGAAAAAGAAGAAAGGCAAACCUAAAGAGUCAUCUAAAAAAACCAAAGAGGAAAACACAAAAAACAGGAUAAAAUCUUAUGAUUAUGAAGCAUGGGCAAAACUUGAUGUGGACAGUAUUCUUGAUGAGCUUGAUAAAGAAGAGAGUACCCAUGAUUCUGUGUCUCAAGAAUCAGAGUCAGAAGAAGAUGGGAUUCAUGUAGAUUCACAAAAGGCUCUUACUCUAAAAGAAAAGGGCAAUAAAUACUUCAAACAAGGAAAAUAUGAUGAAGCAAUUGAAUGCUACACCAGAGGCAUGGAUGCUGAUCCGUAUAAUCCCGUGUUGCCAACAAACAGAGCAUCAGCAUACUUCAGGUUGAAGAAAUUUGCUGUUGCUGAGUCUGAUUGUAAUUUAGCAAUUGCCUUGAAUAGAAGUUAUACCAAGGCUUACGCAAGACGAGGUGCUGCUCGAUUUGCUUUGCAAAAAUUAGAGGAUGCCAAAAAAGAUUAUGAAAAAGUUUUAGAGCUGGAACCAAAUAACUUUGAAGCAACGAAUGAACUCAGGAAAAUUAAUCAGGCUUUAUCAUCCAAAGAAAAUUCAUACCCAGAGGGAGCUGAUACGAUGUUUAAGACAACUAAAGAAGAGAAAAAUCCAAUUGAACAGCAACAGAAUAAGCAACAGGCCAUUUUACAGAAAGAUCUGGGGAAUGGAUUUUUCAAAGAGGGAAAAUAUGAAAGAGCAAUAGAAUGCUAUUCUCGGGGGAUAGCAGCAGAUGGCACUAAUGCCCUUCUUCCGGCUAACAGAGCAAUGGCCUAUCUGAAGAUUCAGAAAUAUGAGGAAGCUGAAAAAGACUGCACACAAGCUAUUUUGUUAGAUGGCUCUUACUCUAAAGCUUUUGCCAGGAGAGGAACGGCAAGAACAUUUUUGGGAAAGUUAAAUGAGGCCAAACAAGAUUUUGAAACUGUUUUACUUCUGGAACCUGGAAAUAAGCAAGCAGUAACUGAACUUUCCAAAAUUAAAAAGGACUUAAUUGACAAAGGACACUGGGAUGACGUUUUUCUCGAUUCUGCACAAAGGCAAAAUGUGAUAAAACCUAUUGAUAAUCCAUCUCAUCUUGGGUCAACUAAACCACUCAAGAAGGUUAUUAUUGAAGAAACCGGUAAUUUGAUACAGACUAUUGAUGUACCAGAUACUGCUGCUAAUAACAUUACUCUGGCAAACGGGAUAGCAAGUGCAGGCGCUGCAAGUAAGAAGAAUUCAACCCAAGAUGACCUUUUGCCCACAAGUGAUAUUCCAAAAGCAAAAGUACUGAAAAUAGAAGAAAUCAGUGAUACUUCAGCCCGGCCACCUCAAGUCAGCCUGAAGCAGGAUGUAUGCCCAUCUUUCAGUGAGAAGAUUUCUCUACAGAUAGACAAAGCACCUCAGUUUAUCACUACUGUGCUUCCUCCUGUUCCUGCAAACUCAUUCCAGCUUGAAUCUGAUUUCAGACAACUGAAAAAUUCCCCAGAUAUGCUGUAUCGGUAUGUGAAGCAAAUUGAACCAUCCAUGUAUCCGAAGUUGUUUCAGAAAAAUCUAGAUCCAGAUGUAUUCAACCAAAUCAUUAAAAUUCUGCAUGACUUUUACAUUGAGAAAGAAGACCCAUCACUCAUCUUUGAAAUCUUACAAAGACUUUCUGAACUAAAAAGGUUUGAUAUGGCAGUGAUGUUUAUGUCAGAACCUGAGAAAAAAAUUGUACAUGUGUUGUUCAAUCACAUAGACAAAUCAGGAUUGAAGGAUAAGUCUGUUGAAGAACUUAAGAAAAGAUACGGUGAUUGAUUUCCAUUAUGUACUGAAAUUAUUGUCAUUGAGUUUCAUAUGUAAAUUUUUUUACUGAAAAUAAAGUAUUUUGCUUUUUAAGAAAAUCAAAUCAUACAGGAAAGGACUAUCUAUAGACCUUUAUUAUCUAUAGUAAGUUAAUUAUACAGUGAACUGUGACUUAAGUAAUGAGAAAUGUCCUCAAGUGAACUAUUUAUAAGUCAUUUUCCAGAAAUAAAAAUAUAAUGAUGUAUA